GCUUCUCCAUGUUUGGUUCUGGUUCUGCAGAUGCAGAUGCAGAGCAGACCAGAACCAGAGGACCUGAGCGGUCUGGAAGGCUGAUACAACCCAUGUAUGACAGACACAAUGAUAAUGCAGCUUUUGGCCACUGAUAAUACACUGAUGCAUUUGUAUUACAGUUGAUAAUAAUAUUGAUUCAUUGACAUGCAUAAAACAGGAUUCAUCUGGAAAACAUGCAUGUUUUCCAUAUGAGAGCAAAAAGUAUACAACUUAUAAAAGCUAAUCUGUUUCCCCAUUCCUCUGCUUUCCUCAUUUUUUAUGGUUUGCUUAGAAAUUACUUGUCUUCCUGGCAAUCAUUUCAUCUCAGAGCUCAUUCCUCUCUAAAUACAUGCAAGUUGGCCCAGCCCAUGAACUCUCAUCAACUCUGUCUUUAGCACUGAGGAAAACCUCUCUCUCAUCUGUACAUGAGAGAAGGAUAUGAUCUUUGACUUACGGUAGAUAGCAAUAGUCAGCUACUUGUUUUUCCUGGUAGGUCUAAAACAAGUAGAUUACUUCUGUAACUGGUAUUUAUUUUUAUUACAGAAGCUAAUUUACAUGCAAGAAAUAUAUUUUUCCAUGGGGUUUGUGAUGGAAAACAAGAUGUCCAUGAGUAAUAUACAUUGUAUUUACAUGAACUGCAUGUUAAAACAGCUUUAAGGUUUAGCUUUGAUGCAUUUCUUCUUUUCAACACCUCCUAUUGUCUGAAGUAAUCCAUUCUACUCCUAUAACCCUCAUCAGCAUCUGAGCCAGGUUUCUACAAUCUGUGACUCUUUUUAAGCCAAAUCAGACCAAAAAGUACCUGAUAAGUUUUUCCUUUUUAAAGCUAAUUAAUGAGGAGGAAGAGAAACAACAAUUUCUGUCAAGCAAGUCUUAAACUCAGAUACAAGAAACAAAGAUGUUUACACUUUACAAACUAAAUGUAUUAAAUGCCCUGAGGGCAAGCAGAAAUAUAACCAUCAUCUUUACUCCAGUUAUUUUCUUUUCCACCUUCAUCCCUAGCAGUAGAGCUUUAAAUGCUACAAUUAAUUUUGAAAAAUGGCCACACUAAUUAGAAGCUGAUUCCCAGUCUAUGAUGAGUAUGACUGGAAAAUACAGCAGAAGAAUAAUGACUGAGGUGUUUUUCUUUGUCUUAAAAAAGAAAUCCUGGGAAUCUUUUAGACACACCUAUUACCUGCUGACUUGUCAUAAAGAAUGAAGAUCUUUUUCAUGUCAGUAGCUCAUUGUACAAUGGUAUUUGCUUUCCAGGAACUAAAGAAGCUUAAACCUAAAUUGUAACAUUACUCUGGAUAUAUGUGUCAGUUGAAAGCAUGUAUAAAUAUAACUGGAUACAUGGCAAAGCCUGAAGAUUUUUAACAGGUUUGGUUUUGAAAAAAUAAAUACUGUGAUGAUUUGGUUUUUUCUGUGUGUUUAUUUAGGUUUCUAUAUUCAGUUGUCUCUCCAUGUUGUCCAGUCUACACCUUGAUUGUCCCCAGCUGUCCCUCGUUUCCCCUGAUUACCUUCCUUGUGUAUUUAAUCCCACCUGUGUUUCUCCUUGUUGGGUAUCCUUUGUGUCUCAUGUCAGAGUUGUUGCUUUAUUGUCAGUGCUACCAGUGAUGAGUUUUCUUGCCUGUCUGCUCACCUGUGCUGCCUGGACUUCACUGUCCUUUGACUUCACCAAGAAGCUAAAUUCUCUGUGCUCAUCAUUAAAUCAUCAUUUCUCUCACUUUGACCUGGGUCCAUGGUGUCUACCUCGCCACCUCACAACUGCACUUUGACAAAUACACAAUUGUUGUAUUGCAUGAAAGAUAGAAAUUUUAACAUAAGCAAUAAAAUACCGACAACUUGUGGACAUUGGUAUGUUAAAAUCGUUUCUUUUAUGGUAGAGGUUCUUUAGAACUGGCUGGUAGAAAGCUAGACCAUCUAACAUCAUUGUGAAUCACCUUGGCUUUUUCUAGAGCCAUGCUUUUAUUAGCAGACAGGCAGCCCUAAAUCGUACCAGCACUGCCUCUUAAGAUUAACAUUGGUAAAUAUCGAUCUGGAGCUCUUCACCUCCUGUUGCUUCCUCCUCAUCUAUUUAUCUAUUCUAAUUUAUUCUAUUUCAGGAAGUAUUUGUCACAUAACAUGGAAUUUCAAACUACUGCGCCUGGUUCAAAACCAACAAUGUGUCAUGAUGUGUGUGAAAUAAACUGCACCAAAAUGCAAGACAAAAAAACAGAAUAUAAAUGAUGAUGUGGGUUUUUAUAUAGAAUUCAAACCAACUUCCAAAAAAGCCCAACAAGAAAUAAAAAACGGGGGGAACACACAAGGAGCCAAGAAGUGAGCAGAGUUCAGGAAAAUGGGGAAAACCGAGGAAACCAGCAAGGAUUGGGUGGAAAAGAGCAUACUGGGAGCUUGAUUAUUAGAACAAUGGACUGUGACUGGGUGCAGCUGUGAGGAGAGAGCAGAAGGCAGCCAGAGGGAGAGAUAAAUGGUACCGAGGAACAAGGAGGAGUAAGUAAACUGGCAGAACAUGAAUCUAAAUGGAAUGAAGAAUAACUAGACAUGAGAAAUGAACUUAGAAAGACAAAUAGAGGCAGAUCUAAUAAAAACAAGGUAAGAGAAAGAGAAUAGCUAAGGCAAAACACAAGCAACAAAUGACCAAAAAAAUAAACCCAGGAAAAAACAAAAACAACCCAAGAUCCUGAGAUAAUGUUUUGUCACUAAGAAGUUGCUUUUCAACCAUUUCAUAUUUUAAUCUACCUAUUUAACUACCACUUCACUCACUGCAGCCAUUUGUACAGGGACAAAAUGUGAAAAAAAGAAUAGUCAAACACUAAAAUAAUCUGGAUGGACAGGUGACCUGUCUGAGGUGUACCACACCGUUUACCCACUGAUUGCUGGAAACCAACAAGUCAUUUUCUGCAGAUAUGCAAAGUGACAGUGUAACUUUGCAUAUCUUCAGUUUAACAUUCUCUUUAUGAUAAACUGCAUGAACAGAACAAUGAACAACCAGAACCGCAUCAGAUUCUCCAGAACCUUUUUGGCUCUUGCAUCUCCAAAGACUGUUUGCUGCUACGUAUGCUGAUGGUAUCUUUUAAACUGAAAAGAAGAAGAAGAAAGAAAACAAAAGCCAAAAGCAUACGUGUUGACAGGUAUGUAUUUACUUAAUGCUGAAGUUUUGAAGGAGGGAUGCUGAAAACCAGGAAGAAGGAAGGACUAAAUUAAUUCUUUGUCUAAGUCUUGGCAGGUUUACCAGCAUAAAAUUCUGCGUGAAACGGCACGCCCAGAAGGUAUAAAAAGAAAAAUAUUGACUGCAAAAGUUGGUAGCUUCUGGCACUGCUGGAAGUCCAACGUGGAUGCAGACAGACAACUGAGGAGUUGAAGCCCAACUUCAUAACAGAGAUGAAUAAGUUCCUCUGCCUAUUGGCUGUUGGUCUAACCCUCGGCUUGCAAUGCCAAGUGGAUGCCAAGCGCCAUUUGAGCCACAGUUUCAUCGAAAAAUGUGUGAAUAAGGCAAAAGCCAAUGUGGAUGACGCCUAUACGUACUCCCGUCAAGUGAGCCUUGACCGGGUGAGGAGAAAUGCAGCAAGCCCUGCAGACAUCCUGAGAAUGCUGAAGCAGCCCAACGGACCAUCCAGAGAGGCAGUGCGCGCUGCAGACUACAUGGCCAACACUCUGCAUGUAAUUAACCACUACCUGUCCAAACGUCACAAACGCUCCAUCAAUGCCACAGACCUAAUCUCUAAGGGUGAUCUGGAUGUGAUCGCCAGUCUGACAGGCUGCGCUGCUCAAGUCAGAAAUAUUAACUGCCAGGAUCUUCCCAAUAUCAACAAAUAUCGGACGGCAAACAGCAUCUGCAACAACCUUGACAACCCUCGUUGGGGUACCUCAAAUAUCCCGUUCCUCCGCUGGCUGCCUGCUGAGUAUGAAGAUGGCAUCAGUUCUCCUAAAGGCUGGACUCAUGACGUGAAAGUCAACGAUCACCUUCUUCCCUUGGUGAGAGAUGUAUCCAACCAUAUCUUGGCAGCGGCUAACUCUGAUGUGAAGAGUGACCCCAUCUACACCUUCCUGGUGACAAUCUUUGGCCAGUGGACUGACCACGACAUCACUUUCACCCCUAACUCUCCCUCCAUCAAGUCAUUUAAUGAUGGCAUUGAUUGCGAAAAGACCUGCGGCAACACAGAGCCAUGCUUCCCUAUAGAGUUUCCCUCAGAUGAUCCUCGCAUUCGGGAUAACUCUGAAGAGUGCAUGCCAUUCUCCCGCUCCGCACCAGCUUGUGGUUCUGGUAACACUGGAUACAUCUUUGGAUCGCCCACUGUCCGCCAGCAGAUGAACACCCUGACUGCCUACAUCGAUGUGGGUCAGGUCUAUGGUUCUGAUGACAGCAAAGCGCGCAAUCUCCGAAACCUCACUACUGAUCAGGGUUUGUUGAGGGUGAAUAUAGACCAUAAAGACAAUGGCCGUGACCUCCUGCCAUUCACCACUAUGGGGGCCAACAUGUGUGCCACAAGGCGAAAAAUGACCAAAGAUGACAGUGCUGAGGAAGUGCUGUGCUUCUUUGCUGGUGACGAUCGUUCCAAUGAAAACAUCGCACUGGCUUCUUUGCACACUCUGAUGAUGAGAGAGCACAAUCGCCUGACCCGUGCCCUUGCUCAGCUCAACCCAGGGUGGAACGGAGAGAAGCUCUACCAGGAAGCCCGCAAGAUUAUGGGGGGAUACAUGCAGGUUAUCACUUACAGGGACUAUCUUGUUCACAUUGUUGGACCAGAGGCCAUAUCAAAGCAGUUGUCCACAUAUCCUGGUUAUAAUGAAAAGAUUGAUGCCAGCAUUGCCAACGUGUUCGCCACAGCCGCCUUCCGAUUCUCUCAUGUGAUGGUUCAGCCCUUCAUUUUCCGUCUUGAUGAGAAUUACCAGAAUCAUCCAGAUUAUCCCACCGAGGUGAUUCACAGAACCAUGUUUGCUCCCUGGAGGAUCGUCUUUGAAGGUGGAUUGGACCCGAUCAUGAGAGGGUUAAUUGGUCGUCAGGCCAAGCUGAACACUCAGGACCGCAUGCUGACUGACGAGCUGAGGGACAGACUGUUUAAAUUCUCUGUAAAGCUGGCUCUGGAUUUGGGAUCUCUUAACAUGCAGAGAGGAAGAGACCACGGCCUUCCUGGCUACAACAGAUGGCGAGAGUUCUGUGGCCUGUCACAGCCAAGGACUCUAAGUGAGUUAGCUGAGGUUCUCAACAACACUGACUUGGCCCAAAAACUGCUGGAUCUGUACGGUACACCUGACAACAUCGAUCCAUGGCUGGCAGGAGUGGCUGAGCCAUUUGUCAGAGGAGGAAGAGUGGGACCUCUGUUUGCCUGCCUGAUUGCUACUCAGUUCCAGAAAAUCCGUGAGGGAGACAGGUUUUGGUGGGAGAAAAAUGGUGUCUUCACUGCGGCUCAGAGGCUGGCAUUUACGGAGACAUCUCUUGCCAGAAUCAUCUGUGACAACACUGGCAUCACUGAAGUUCCUAAGAAACCUUUCCAGUACCGACCUCGAGGUUCUGGAUACACCAAGUGUGACGACAUCCCUGCAUUUGACCUCAGUCCAUGGAAGGAGGGUGCUCAAGGUCCAGAUAGUCAACAAGGGGCUCAAGGUCCACCAGGACCCGCAGGGCCACCUGGUCCGCCAGGACCCCCAGGACCUCCUGGACCUUCAGGCGCAGCAGAGCAUGUCGCCUUCUCUGUGCGCCUUGGUAGCAACCUCCCCAAAGCUGGUGCCCCCAUCGCCUUCCAUGAUGUCAUCUACAAUGGACAGAACAGCUAUGACCCCAAGACUGGCUUUUUCACCUGUCAGCACGCAGGCGUAUAUGAGUUUGAGUUUCACUGCACCAUCUAUGACAGUGCAGGCAGCUUGGAUCUGCUUCGUAACGGAAAGCUGAUCCUGCACUCAUUCACCACCCGCCAGAGCGGCUACAUCACAGCCAGUGGCAGCACCUUCAUCAAGCUUGCAAAGGGAGAUAGGGUAUGGCUGAUUGCUAACAAUGGCGGCAACGGACUGACCGGGGACAGCUUCUUCUCUGGUCAUCUGCUGUUCACUGAGUAGUAGAUACUCGUCCAGUUUGCACUUUCCAUUUAAAGCACUCAAAAUUAAGAAGUAAAAAACUGAGUGAAACUGAAGUUAUAAAUGAGUCUAUCCCCCACCCCACUAUUCGUUAUUAUACUUUGAAUCUAUGUGAUAAUGAUUAAGAAAGGAUUGAUAAUGUACUGCUACUGCUGUACUUUUCUGCUGUGAAUAAAGAAUGCACUAAAUUGUAACAGAAACAAGUGAAUAAAAUGUGUAUCUACA